AUGAACGAACGUUCGGACCUCGACUACGCCGCCACUCACGGCCAAGAAGCGCUCGCACUUUGCCGCGCAGAGGCGAUGACCUGUCCCAACGUAUGGACCAUUCAUGCCCAUGUCCUCAACCUUCUCGCCCAAUACACCGGUGCUUCUGAGGGCCGAAAGCUGGCCGAAACUCUGCUCCGAGAAGCGAUCUGGAUCUGUCCCGCAGAUCAUCCUCUCCGAAGCACUGCCCGUUACAAUCUCGCAGCGCUGCUCAAUCGAUACUAUGAAGCAACACAGUCGUUGGAUUACCUCACCAAAGCCAUCGAGACGCAACAGCUAGCACUAGCGGAGCUCCUUCCUUCUCAAAGCCUGCAUAAACAUCGACAUCUGCGAUCCAUGGGGACGUAUAUGAUGUAUCGGUUCGAGGCUUUAGGGGAUCCUAGCGAUCUGGACGAAUACGUUGCCCUUACCGAGGAAGCUCUACAGCUGUGCCCCGAGAGCCAUAUUGACAGAGGAGGUACGAUCAGGGCAAGGCUAUGGUCGAUGUAUCGUAAGUGUAUUCAUACCGGCGCCCUCCAAGAUCUCAACACGGCAAUCGAUCUUGGCCGCCGGGUUCUCGAGGAGGGCCAGCGCGACAAAGAGCUUCACAGUUCCCUCCUUAGCACUGUCGCAAGCCUUCUGGAUCUACGCCAUCAGCUUACAUUAUCAAACGGGCGCGAUAUCGAAGAAUCGGUACAGCUUCAUCGCGAGGCUCUCGAUUGCUCGUCUUCGGACUACAAAUACCGCUGGAUGUAUACACUCGACCUUGCGAGAUGCUUGGCCAUACUGUUUGCUUGGAGUGGGCAGAUGGGCGAUCUAGAAGAAGCGAUUCGACUGGGUCGUCAACUUCUGGAAGCCUUACCCAUCGACCAUCCGCAGAGAUCUCUUCCUGCCAUGACAAUGGCAGACGCGUUGGUGAUGCGGUUCGCAGAGGCAGGCGAGUUCAACGACCUCAAUGAAGCCAUCGGCCUGGAUCGUCAGGCCAUGGCAGAAAUCUCCCCGUCAAAUAUGAACUAUAGCAUGUCGGCCCUUGGAUUAAUCUCUCGGCUAUGCAUGCGGUACGAAACACUACAUGGAAUAGAGGACGUUACAGAGGCUGUGUCGCUUUCUCAGGUCAUAGUCGAUUCUCUUCCGGAGAGCCACAUCAACAAAUUGGACGCAAUACGUCGUCUUGCCUACGCCCUUCUUCUGCGAGGGCAGCGUAACAACACUCUUACGGAUAUUGAAAAAGUCGUUCAGAUAUUAGAAUCAGGAAUAGAAACACUAUCUCAAGGGAUGCACGGCCCCGAGUGUCUACGAAUUCUCGCCUCCGGUUACCUGAUUCGCUUCCGUCAUUCUCAUAUGCAGCAAGAUGCUACUCGUGCAAUGGAAUGCAUGAACCGAUCGCUGGAGAUUGCACCACAUGGUCGACGCGAGCGAUUCCGAUCUCUUCUCGAUGCGUCGCGACUCUACAUUGAACAUGGGACCCCUUAUUGCAACGUUCCGCUCGCCCUCAAGUACUUUCACGACGCGUUGUCAGACGAUCACAGAGACGUUCGAUCUCGAAUCCAAGGCGCCAUAGAGCUGCUGGAUAGCAUUGAACUGUCCCACAAGGACGUCUUCACUGCGGACGCUCCGACACCUUCGGAGCUCUUGGACGUGUAUGCGCAGGUCGUCGGCCUCCUCCCGCGCGUCGCAUUUUUUGGCCUCCACCUUCAUUCUCGUCUACGAUCUCUCAGUUCUGGACAAAAUGUAGCCCUCACUGGCGCAUCACAAGCACUAAACCUUGGUGACGCGACGAAAGCGGUUGAGAUGCUCGAGCAAGGGCGUGCCGUCUUUUGGACGCAUACUUUGCGUUUACGCUCACCCUUCGACGAAGUUCCGGGAGAAUUCAAGGGUCGACUUGCAUUCCUCGCACGUCAGCUCGAUCGCACAGCACGAAGAAAUCAAGAGGUUAAGGAGUUCAAUGCGCUAUUGAAGGAGAUGCCCAAGCUGCAUGGGAUGGAUCGCUUCCUUCUUCCAGACGAGUAUUCGACGCUGGCAAGGGCUGCGAAUCGGGGUCCCAUAGUCAUUCUGGUGUCCAGCAUGCUGGCUUGCCAUGCUGUCAUCAUCAAGCCGUCGGGACAGGCAAUCAACAUCCCGCUGAGGCAGCUCACUGAAUCCUGGCUGGUUGAUUCAGGCACUACAUGGCGCUCAGCUGCGACAGAAGCAAGAUCAAUCUCGAAGGAUCGUUUGAAGAUUACGAAAUCCGGGAAGUACUCUUCGCCUAAUCAUCGAACGCACGAGAUAUUGCGUCUACUGUGGGUGGAUGUAGUACGUCCGAUCCUUGAUGCACUGGAUCUUAAGCGAACCGAGGGCCGCAAUCGCCCGCGUCUAUGGUGGUGCCCUACUGGACAGUUCGUUCAUCUGCCUGUUCAUGCUGCCGGUGCCGAUGAUACCUGGUGCUCCGACUACGUUGUGUCUUCAUAUACACCAACGCUCGGUGCCCUAAUUUCCGCCAGGGCAGCAUUUUCUCCCGUUGCAAAGCGGCACAUCCGGGCCUUGGUAGCCGCAGUACCUCAGUCGCACAUGCCCCAGUGGGCUAGUCUUCCUUCUACGCGUGACGAGGCUGCCAUUAUUCGCGCUAUGCUUCCAGAUGGAACGGAAAUCCCCCUUCCACCCUCUGAAAACGUGUCUGUAGAGGGUAGCUCCGGGGUCACUGCGAAGACGUUACUGGAGAAAUUACCUGAUACGACAAUCUUGCAUCUCGCAUGCCAUGGUUACCAAGACAGGAUGGAUCCACUCAGAAGCGGCUUUGCAAUGCAAGAUGAGAUGUUGACAAUCGAGAGACUGAUGCCCAUACCUCUUUCAGGCGCCUUCAUGGCCUUUUUGAGCGCGUGCGAAACCGCGAAAGGGGACAAGAACCAACCCGAUCAGGCAGUUCAUCUCGCCGCGACUUUGUUGCUAAUCUUGCUUAGGUCGAUGGAAGACGUGGAUGGGCCCGUGAUUGCCAAGUCCGUCUACGAGGAGAUUUAUCACGAGCAAGCAGGAUACCUCAAUCCAGAUGACAUACCCUAUGCGCUGGACAGGGCGGUGCAGAAUCUCCGCCGGAUUCAUGCGGAUCCCAGUCGAUGGGCAUCCUAUAUCCAUUUGGGUAUCUAA